AUGCUGCCCCAUAGGAAGACUAGCACAGCUAGCCGUAAAGUGUAUGCCCAUAUACAGAUCAAGAGUGAGCCGAAGAAAUUAACAGGAAUAUUGGAUGGUGGGCAAUAUUUUUAUCCAACUAUAGACUUUCCUUCUAGCAACAAUAAUGCCAAGACUUUAAUUGAUUAUGACUAUGAUGAAACUUUGGAAAUCAAGGAAGAAAGCAUCGAUGAUCAAAAGACUACAGAUAAAAGUAGUCAUCAAACUGACGAAUCAAAAUUCGGUGCUAUAUAUAUGAAUGAAGGUAAUAUUUUACCUUCUGAAAACAAACAGCCGAUUAAAAAGAUGAAGAUGAUGCAGGAAUCAAGGCAUAAAUCAGGAUGGAAAUACAAAUGCGAAAAGUGUGCUCGUACUUAUUCACAAAUAAAUAGUUUGAAAUAUCAUGUAAAAUACGAAUGCGAGGUCACGCCAGGUUUUGAGUGUAAAUUCUGCGGCAAACUAUUUACACGGAAAUAUGGCAGAAGUCUUCACAUGCGUGUUGUACAUCUUAAAACGAAUACACAAUCGUCACAAGCGAGGCAUAAUUGCGACAAGUGUUCUCGAAGUUACAAAUGGCCACAUGGUUUAAAUCGACACAAACGUUUGGAACAUUCAGCUUCAAAACCACAAUUUAUUUGCGACAAUUGUGGUUAUAAAACAAAUCGGAAAUCAACUUUGUCAACACACGUUACUUCGCGCCACUUACAGAUAUACAGAGCAAGAGUGAGCCGAAGAAAUUUGCAGGAAUAUUAUAUGGUAGACAAUAUUUUUAUAAAAAUAGUAGCAUUCCUCCUAGCAACAAUAAAUCUAGUUCCAAGUCUUUAAUUUAUUAUGACAAUCAUAAAACUUUGGAAAUCAAGGGAGAAAGCAUCAAUGAUCUAGAGACUACUGAAAAAAAUCCUCACAAAAAAUAAGAAUCGAAAUUUUGAACCAUAUGUAUAAAAGAAGAUAUCUUUUCUGCUGAAAGCAAUUUGCGAAGUCAAAGGAACCGAAAAUUCAGGAUUUAAAACAUAUACUGAAAAUGAAAUACAAAUGCAAAAAGUGUGCUCGAACCUAUUCACAUAUGAAUAGUUUGGAACAUCAUC